AUGAAUGCGAGUAGCGGGGAGUGUUCUUUGAUAAAUGACGUAACACUAUCAAGAUUCAAGCAGUUCCUUGGAACAAGUAUAAACGAUGGGUAUACAAGGCAUAGAAUAUGCAAAAGCUUGAAAAGAAGCCGCACUAGCCUAUACACUGUCCUAACCGCAAAGAAUCUUUUCGAUAAGACAAAAAGAUAUCUUCCUGGCUAUAUCGAGAAAAUAGAGAAGGGAUCUCUGUCGGAUGUAGACAGAUUCAUAUCUAGCAGAAAGAAAAUGGAGCUAGAGAAAAUACUUGGUAACGAAUAUCUCUUAUUCAUAGGAUGCACAAUAAUAUCAUCGAAAAUAUACAUGGAUCUCUCAUACACUAACUUCUCGUGGAUUGAAGUAUGCCAUCAUGGUGUCGACCAGAUAAAUGUUGCAGAAAGGCAGAUCUUACAGGUCCUGGACUACGACGUAAACCUUCAAUGGAUAGAGCUCAAAAAGAUGUAUGACGAGUUUGGCGCAGUACCCAAUGAGGUCCUUACUGGCCAAGUGGAAGUAAAACGAAGAAAAGGAUUCUUUAAAUGGGCAUUUGGUUCUCUGUUCCGCCUCAUUUCGUGUGUGGAUGCAAUGAAUAAAUAG